AUGACAAAAUUAUGACUGUUAUAACCAAAAACCGACUACGAACACGUGUUUUUAGUGUAACUGACUGAAAAAAUAGUACAAAUUGUCGAUGAGCAUGGGGGAUUCAACAGAUGGAUAUUUCAAGAGUUACGAGGAUCUGGAGGUUCAUCAACUGAUGCUUGAGGACAGACCACGGACUAUUGCUUACAAAAAUGCGAUAUUUGCUUGUCGGGAAAAAUUCCAAAAUAAAAUUGUAAUGGAUGUAGGAGCUGGUACAGGCAUUCUCUCAGUGUUUUGUGCUCAAGCUGGGGCUUCCAAAGUUUAUGCAAUAGAAGCCAGUGAUGUGGCUGCAAUAGCAAAAAAAGUAGUGCAUGAGAACAACUUUCAAGAUACAAUAGAAGUUAUUCAAAGUCGUGUGGAGGAUCUGAAAGAUGUAAAAAAUAUAGAAAAGGUUGAUAUCAUAGUCUCAGAGUGGAUGGGAUUCUAUCUAGUACAUGAAGGGAUGCUGGAUUCAGUACUCCUUGCUAGAGAUCAGUUCUUACGAGAAGAUGGACUCAUAUUUCCAAAUGAGGCCAGACUUUUUGUUGCCCCAUGUGAAUUACCAUCCCUUUAUGAUUUCUGGGACAACUUAUAUGGAGUCAAUAUGAAAUGUCUUGGCAAAGAACAAAGACGGUUAAAAUCAAUGAAGCCGGAGAUCUUGGCAGUAGAUAAAAAAGACCUACUUUCGGAUGGAACAAUGCUUGUUUGGCUAGACCUGGGUAGUGUGACAUCUUCAGAACUGGAAUUUCUGGGAGCUGAGGACAUAGUUGUACCAUGUAGUCGGGAUGGUAGAUACCAGGGAGUCUGUAUUUGGUUUUCCGUCAUGUUUCCUGAUGAGUCAGAAUUGUCAACUAGUCCACAAAAUGCUUUAACGCAUUGGAAACAAACUGUAGUUGUAUGGCCUGAGGACACAGAGGUGGAGAAGGAUGAACCAGUUGCAUUUAGGCUGCACCUGAAAAGAGAUAUCUUGAAUCAAAGGACUUAUAAUAUGGAAUUAACCAUGCUGGAUCCAGAAGAUGUAGAGCAUGAUAUUCCUUGCCAAUGUAGUAUGACCAAAUGUAUUGUAACUAGAGCUUACAUCGAUGAGCAUCCCGAUUGCAGUACAAUUAAUAAUGAUGUUUAAUUAUUAUUGUAGAAUCUUGUGAUUGUGGCGUGAGUUCAUUCGAGCACAGUGUAAUUCGAAUACGCGAUACCUUUUGUAAUUUGUUAAGACUCCGUUGUAAAUAAAGAAAACUGAAAACUGAA